CUUCUUUCUACUCAAUUUUUUGACACAGUUCAACACAUUUCAUCCAUUUGGAAACUCCGGGUUAUCCCUCGACGUUAUGGGCGUACCUACGCGUUUUUUCAUCACACAGGAGUAAGGUGUGGAACCGGGUCACAGCUCCAUAAAUACUUGGAGUGGCUGAAACUUUGGAUGGACCCUGGAGGAGUAAAUACGGCUGGAGGAGCCUCGCACACAGGAGAGGAGCGACGAUUUUUCUGCAAGCUGAUACCUCAUUUGUAAAAAAGGGGCAGACUGCUUAAAAAAAAAGACAACAACAAAAACUAAAAGCUUCCUCAGCCACCACCGUGAAAGUGCCUCUGGCUGAUAUGGAAAGUCUAUGAUUCCGUAUUGGCAGAGAUGUAAAUUGUUUGAUUUUUCUCCCAGAGUGCGAUGUAGUUCACCCUCACAUCUCCAAGUGAGCUAUUUGUCAAGAUGACAGCGCUUACACCUAUGAACCGCGCCGUGCUCGGACUCGCGUGGAGCUGCUUGAGUUUUCUGUCCUGCGCGCAUUGCGGUUUAAGUGACAACCAUGUGCACUCCAGUUUUAUUUACAGGCGCUUGCGCAAUCACGAACGCCGGGAGAUCCAGAGAGAGAUCCUCUCCAUCCUGGGUUUGCCUCACCGGCCGAGGCCCUUCUCUCCCGGGAAGCAGGCUUCCUCCGCGCCGCUCUUCAUGCUCGACCUCUACAACGCCAUGGCCGUGGAGGAGGAGGAGGCGGCGGCGGAGGAGCGCGGCGCGCAGCAGGGCGCAGGGAAGAGCUUCGGUGCCAAGGCUCAAGGGCACUCCAGGAAAAGUUACUACAGCCCCCAGCAUGCCGGCUACUCCCGUGUGGCUCAGCCUUACCGAGCGGCCCCUCUGUUAGGCCACAGCCCCGCACUCACCACAGCGCACGACACCAACUUUCUCAAUGACGCCGACAUGGUCAUGAGUUUUGUCAAUUUAGUGGAGAAAGAUAAAGAUUUUUCUCACCAACGAAGACACUACAAGGAGUUCCGUUUUGAUCUGACUCAGAUCCCAGACGGAGAGGCGGUGACUGCGGCCGAGUUUCGGAUCUAUAAGGACCGCAGUCAUGCCCGCUACGACAAUAUAACUCUGAAAGUCACCAUAUAUCAAGUCAUCAAGGAAUAUCAGAACAAAGAUGCAGAGACCUUCUUGCUUGACUCCAAAAAGGUGCAGGCAUCCGACGGGGGCUGGCUAGUGUUUGACAUAACAGCCACCAGUAACCACUGGGUGAUGAACCCACAGCAGAACUUGGGCUUGCAGCUCUGUGUGGAGACUGUGGAUGGACGAAGUAUCAACAUAAAAUCUGCUGGAAUUGUCGGGAGGAACGGGCCUCAGUCCAAACAGCCGUUCCUGGUUGCUUUCUUCAAGGCCAGUGGGGUGUUGCUUCGCUCUGUCAGAGCUGCUGGUGGGAAGAAGAAGAACCACAAUCGCAAUAAAUCUAAUAAUCAACAAGAAUCUUCCAAGGCACCAAAAGCUGGAGAUUAUAACACCAGCGAACAGAAGCAAGCCUGCAAGAAGCACGAGCUUUAUGUCAGCUUUCGAGACUUGGGCUGGCAGGAUUGGAUCAUUGCACCGGAGGGCUACGCCGCUUUUUACUGUGACGGCGAAUGCUCGUUCCCACUCAAUGCGCACAUGAACGCAACGAAUCACGCGAUUGUGCAAACCCUGGUCCAUUUAAUGUUUCCUGACAAUGUGCCAAAGCCGUGCUGUGCCCCGACCAAGCUCAACGCAAUAUCAGUGCUUUACUUUGAUGACAGCUCCAACGUUAUCCUGAAGAAGUAUAGAAAUAUGGUGGUCAGAUCUUGUGGCUGCCAUUAGUGGUGAAAGUUUAAUUUAUGCAAUCUGGUACGGGAAUCGCUGGAAAACACAUCUGCUGCAGGUGUGAUGUGAUGUACAGUAUUAUGUAUAUAAAGUUUUAUUACUUAAUUUAUUCUCCUUUUUUUUAAAAAACAAAGAAAUAGCACUGAAUAUUGUGAUAUUUAAAUGAUUAGGACAAAAUGUUGAUUUUACUUUAUAUCAAUUAUCAUUUAACUUUUGUGUCCGUUGGCAUAUACUCCGUCUUGGUUGCAUCUGUAUAAUAACUUUUGUGAGUAAACUAUUCACUGGAGUCAUCACGAUCGCUUCCCCUUCUGCUCGUUGUUCCUCCUUUUCCAAUGUAAAAUGUGUUAGGAAUGCUUCGUAAGUUAUCAGGAGUUAUACUUGGUGGUCAGUGCGUGAUAUUCUUUUCUUCAACGCUACUUUUGUUUUAGUUAACUUCCAUAAUGGACCAAUAAUUAUGUAUAACUAAUAUAUACAGAAUAAUAUGACCGAAUACAUAAACCGCAAGUAGAUUUUCAUAAAGAAGGGGAACCUCAAUAUGAUGCUAUUAGCACUAACAUCACAACUUGAACCGGCUGUUGGAAAUAUUUUAAAUCAAAUUGGAUCAGUGGAAAAAAAAACAGUGAGUGUUCUCUAAUAUAAACCAAACUGCCCAAAGCUAUUUUCAAGCUGUCACCAUCUUUCAGCGCUGAUACUGUUUCACCUUUUCCAAGCCAGCUUUUUUUUUUUUUUUUUAUAAGAGAGUGUGUUCUCAAAAGAGGAUUAUGUCAGUCUGGAAUAAAACUUGUCUAAUGUUUAGUGCUCACUUAUGAAUGCUUUACAAAUUAUGUCAUUUUUAACAAUGUUUAUGUAAAUCUCUUCCAUAAACACUGUUCCUCGUUCCUCGGUGGACUCCACACUAAUUCUAGCUUGUGUUUGGGAAGUAUAUCUUAACGUAGAGUGUUGUGUAUUUUAAUAAAUGUACCACUUGAAAGAUCUUA